CACAACCGCUUCAAAUCCAGGAAGCAAACGGCUUUUCCCCUGUGCAAUUAACGGUCUCCUCCCGCCCUAAUGGCAGGGGCGUCCCUCCUGUUCCUCUCCUCCUCCUACUCUUCAACUGUAUUCGCCAAAUCCUUUCCCUUCUCCCCUUCUCAUCUCUCCUCUCCGCCUCCUCCCUCUCUUUCUUCUUCUUAUAGUCCCCGCCGGCGCCGGCGCCGGCGCUACUGCCUGCUGCCUCCUCUCCGCGUCGCGGUGCCCUCUUCCCCCGCCGCCCCGACCCCAACGUCCGACGAGGAAGCCCUAGAAGCCGAGGAGACGUCCUCCUCCUCCUCGUCGUCUUCGCCGGAGGACUCUUUUUCGUGGAGAGACCACUGGUACCCCGUCUCCCUCGUCGAGGACCUCGACCCCCGCCUCCCCACCCCCUUCCAGCUCCUCAACCGCGAUCUCGUCCUCUGGAAGGACCCCCGCUCUGGCGACUGGCUUGCCUUCGACGACAGCUGCCCCCACCGCCUCGCCCCUCUCUCCGAGGGGAGAAUCGACGAAGAUGGUUGCUUGCAGUGCUCGUACCAUGGAUGGUCCUUCGAUCGGACGGGCUCCUGUGUCCGGAUACCGCAGGCCACUGCUGAAGGCCCCGAGGCCCGCGCCGUCCGAUCGUCGAGGGCUUGCGUGGCCAAGCUCCCCACCCUCGUCUCCGAGGGUUUGCUCUUUGUCUGGCCUGAUGAGAAUGGUUGGGAGAAGGCUGCUGCUACCAAACCUCCCAUGUUGCCAGAAGACUUCAAUGAUCCCAGUUUUUCGACGGUGACGAUCCAACGAGACCUGUUCUAUGGCUAUGAUACGCUGAUGGAGAAUGUCUCCGAUCCAUCUCAUAUUGAUUUUGCACAUCAUAAGGUAACUGGAAGAAGGGAUAGAGCCAAACCUUUGCCAUUUAAGUUGGAAUCUAGUGGUGUUUGGGGGUUUGCUGGGUCAGAUUCUGGGAAUCCUCGUAUCAGUGCUAAGUUUGUUGCCCCUUGUUAUUACAUAAAUAAGAUAGAAAUUGACACAAAACUUCCCUUGUUUGGAGAUCAGAAAUGGGUAAUAUGGAUCUGUUCCUUCAACAUUCCUAUGGCCCCCGGAAAGACUCGUUCCAUUGUUUGUAGUGCUCGAAACUUUUUUCAGUUGACAAUGCCUGGGCCUGCAUGGUGGCAGCUGGUCCCUCGCUGGUACGAGCACUGGACUUCAAAUAAGGUCUAUGAUGGUGAUAUGAUUGUGCUUCAGGGUCAAGAGAAGAUAUUCCUUUCUAAAUCGAAGGAAGCUUCAGCUGAUGUCAAUCAGCAGUAUACAAAAAUCACGUUUACACCCACUCAGGCGGACCGCUUGGUUUUAGCAUUCCGGAAUUGGUUGAGAAGAUACGGGAACAGCCAGCCCGACUGGUUUGGCUAUGCUGACCAACAAUCCUUGCCUUCCACAUUUCUCUCGAAACAACAGAUGUUGGACAGAUAUGAGCAGCACACCCUUAAAUGCUCCUCGUGCAAAGGAGCUUACGAGGCAUUCCAGAAAUUCCAGAAGUCAUUGAUUGGUACAACUGUGGUUUUUUGUGCAAUUGUGGGAAUACCUUCGGAGAUCCAGCUUCGCCUUCUGCUGGCAGGGGCUGCUAUCGUGAGUGCUGCUUUGGCGUAUGCAUUGCAUGAGCUUCAGAAGAACUUCACCUUUGUGGACUAUGUGCAUGCUGAGAUUGAUUGACUGGCUGCUGAUAGAAAUGUUCCUGUAUAGUAAUUUGUCUUAAUGUAUUUGUAUCGCAUGUAGUGUAAGUUGAUUGAAAUAUAGGAUUUUGUUCUCUAAACUUGUGAAUAUAGUGGAGUUAGUUAAGGCAGUGACUAGUGGAGUUAGUAAGGCAGUGACUCACAUUUGUCAAGGGGAAAUGGUUUUGGA